AUGCAGCGCCGUUUGAGAGCACCAUCUGAGCCUCAUCGAGUGCACAAAUGCAGCAACGAUUUGAUCCUGAACUGCAUGAUCUGGGUGUGUGGAGAGCCCUCCGCGCUGAUUGAAUCCACGUCGGUUCAGGCCUGCGUGUCGUCAACAGUUGUGUUACAGUGGGUCUUCAGCUGGGUGCCAGGAGCGAGUCUCAUCCUGCGCAAACUCAGUGGAAUCCACCGGCUUCUUCAUCUUUCCUUUCCUGGUCUCUCGCAGGAUGUGAAGAUAUUCCGAGCGCUUAUUCUCGGGGAGCUGGAGAGAGGGCAGAACCAGUACCAGGCCCUGUGCUUCAUCUCCCGCCUCAGCCGCAAUGAGAUCAUACCCAGCGAGUCCAUGGCUCGCCUCAGACAGAAAAAUCCUCAGGCCAUUCGCUUGGCAGAGGAACGGAGAGGACUGGAACAGCUGACCAUGAGCGCACUGGUCAAUCUCAGUCGAGUCUGGCAGCUCAGCUCACACAUCCACAAUAUGUGCAGCGAAGCUCAGGAGGCCAUCUAUGUCAGAGAGGCGGACAUCAAAUACUGGCUGGACAAAGGAGUGGACGGCUCUAUAUUCGAAGUCCUGCCCCAAACAACGGAGGCACCAAGCUUUAAGGCCUGUCACUCGACUAAAGACUUGUGGCAGCCGUGCAUCUGCACGUACAGCCUGCGGCUGGAGUGGUACCCGUGCCUUCUGAAGUACUGCCGCAGCCGAGACACCACGGGCAAAGGCACCACCUACAAGUGCGGCAUAAAGAGCUGCAGCAAAGGCUACCAUUUCACCUACUACGUUCCCCAAAAACAGCUGUGUCUUUGGGACGAGGAGACCUAGCAUUUUGUUCUGGAUGGUUUAAAAAAAAAAGAUAAUAUACACCCCACCCCCACUCAAGUCAGCGCAUCUCUGCCCAUGCUAUUCAGACUGAACGCGGCAAUACUGGAGCUUGGUUUGCAUGAAAGUGAAGAUGUCUCAGGUGGGGGAGUUCUGAGGUCCAGAUGUGCGAGUGGACACAGAAACACAAACGUAUUCAGGUUCCAAACGAGACCAAAACCUCAAGUAAGGAGACAUGCAGUGGAAGAGCUAACUGAGAUUUUUUACCUUCUGGGAAAAAUGAGACAAGACUUUAAUCUAAAAUGUGACCUUGCUGAAAAGCUGUCAUUUUUGUGCCUUUUUUUUUUUUGGAGGAAUUAUUUGAGUAAAUGACAACAACCGUGACCUCUAAAACAAGCUACAGCGUGCACAAAGCUGGUCAGUGCAUUUCUGGUCAAUUCACCAGCAGAGGAGGAACGGAGUCCCAUUCCUUCUCAAGGGAGUUUCAGCAAACUUAAUCUUCCAUCCCUGUGAAGGAAAACGAAGAUGGUGGAUUUAUAUUUCUUAAAAAGCUCUGUGAAAAGCAGCCGGCUUAGUACCGGUUUGUGGGUAAAGGAGCAGGCUGUCGUAGACCAUGCUUCUCCAGGGCUGGGUUUUAUUUAUUUUGGUUGCAGAGGAAAAUUAUGGAAGACUAUUUUUGUAUUUCAUUUCAUAUCAGCCUAACCUCAUCAGAUUGUUUUCUUUUUUUUGCAUUAAACAAGCUACUAAGCCCACCUCUUUAAACCACAAGUCCUCAGUAUGAUGAAGUACUCAAACUGACUUAAGAACAUUUAAACUUAUUGGAUUUUGGAUGCCAUUUGUCAUUCAAUGUCAUAUUUCAGUUUCUCACACUUCGCUGUUGUCCAUUAAAUAUGUUGGUUAAUUAUUCUUGAUAGAUCAGGCCGAUUUACCCCAUCAGCCCCAUAUGGGCCAAGCCAUACUCACAAGUUACAUUCUAGCUCGGUUUAAAAAGCAUCUUGUAAACCAAAGUGGAACAAAAUGUUGUCAAAAAAUGGGAGUUAAAGUUUCGGUUUCAAGAAACGUUCCUUAUUCUGAUGUUCUUCUGUGUAAGGUUCACUAAAACAUUCUUUGGGCCCUUUAAAGUGAUCUAUACUGCCACCUUCUGGUUUAUCUUUAUGCUGGUUUGAUAUAUUUCCUCUGACGUCCCACUGCCAGAAAUAUUAUCUUUCGUUUAUGUCUGCUCAAGUCAGAUCUUACAGGAUGAUAAUUUAUGCAUUUCAAAUCCUUGAUGAAUACACGUGUAACUCAAGGAGCACUUCCUAAACUCGUGGGACCAAAUUAAGCUUUGCCCGUCUUCUCCAGAGAUUAAAUGGUGGAAUUAGGGCUUUGGAUUGUCUUACCUCUUAUCUACAUUUUGGCCUUUCCUGCAUUAUAAACAUUUAGUUUUCCCUUUGUGUGUUGGUAUGUCCUGCUAACUAAAGAACCAAAAGAGUGAAAUAUUUCUAUUUGUGGCCUUCUGUGAUGAUCAAGUGCCUUAACAUUUCCACUGAUAUUUUUGCUAUGUUAUUGUAGACUAAGUUGUUAAACUUUUUUUUUCUAUGAAAGAAUUUUGAUUUAUGUUGAAAAGGUUGUCCUAAGGGGAAAAUGAAGCAAUUUAGGUAUUGUUUCUUCUAAGAGCUGUUUACGAGAAUUGUUUCAAUAAAGUCUUUCUUUGCACUGCAUAUACACAGUGGUUCAGUUAUUGAGCAUUUAUUUGGAAUAUUUAAUACCUUUAAAUGACAUUAAACAAUGAA